AUGAACGAGCUUUCCUACUACGAACAAAAGACGAAAAACAUCCACAAUAGAAUCGGCAUCUCCAAGCCCGCCCGCCUGCUACUGAAAGCGAUCGAUGACUUGCAAGCUGGCGCAUUGGAAGAGUCCGAACUCCGUCGAAUGAUUCGAAUCUCGCCUAGAUAUCGAACCAUAAUCUCCCAGACUAUAUCAGACAUUGCCGAUUUCAUUCUCGAUCACCCGGAAGAAUCGAAGACGGGUGCCAUUCUGAUCCAGCUUCUGGCAAGGAUUCUCCAGGUCGCUGACGGUAUUGCCGAGCCGAUGCUGCCUUUCAUGAAGUUCCCGCGCGAAGUACGCGACCUGAUAUACUUUUACUACCUCCACUGUCGUUAUGGUCAGCACAAGACCAUGUGGCUUAACAAGCAAAUGGCACUCUCCCAGGUCUGCAAAGCAAUUCGGGAGGACUUCAUGGCCGUCUUUUACCGAGAGCACAAGUUUUACUUCAACUGCACCUGCGAAAUGGACUAUUUCAUCAAGAACAACAAGGACUUGCAGCGAAACAUAGUUUCUAUCCAGCUUCACUGGUGUGGCCCCCGAGCAGACAAGGCAUUCCAGGCACUCAAGACAUGCCCAAACCUUAGGCAAAUGGUUAUUGUGCCUUCUGCAGCUACGACGCGCCAUCUCGUGCCGAGGCAGCAGAUUUUCAACCGUUUUUUUGCACAUACUUCACGCCCGCGACUAACUGAUGCCCUGGGAAUGGAUGAGCUCAUCACCCUGCGUGGAAUCACCACCGUCAGCGUCCAGCAUGUACCCGGUCGUCAGGGACAGAAGCGAACAAAUGAAGAAUUGGCCAACUUGAACGAGAUUCUUCAGAAAUAUGUCAAGCAAGACAAGGAGGUUGGAUAUGGCGAGGAACAGAUGGAUUCCUGA